CAACACCUCGUCUUUUCCAAUCUCUGUCUGAAAAAUAAAAAUAAAAAUAAAAAUAAAAAAGCAAAAAUGCCAGGGAAUCAGCAACAUCUCCUUCGGCUAGUCCUGUCCUGCCGGAAAAUAACAGCACAGGUAACAAAUCCGACGACUUCCACAAUAAUCGCCAUGGCUUCCUCCGCUGAGCAAGAAUCCUUCCUCUCUCACUACCGCAACACCACUCUCUCUCGCUUCCCUCGCCAAUCCUGGGACUCAAAAGCGGCGUCGCGCGUCGGGGAGAAAUUAGGUUUUAGAUUAAAGGGAAUUGGUGUUAGUAACAUCUAUAUUGAUUUAAACGAAGAGUUGUCAAGGUCGAUUCAUUAUAGAAAGCGUGUGUUACCGUUGUUUGAUUCGGUGAAACGCGUUGGCAUUGUAGUUGAUGGAGCUGAGAAGCUGGGAGAGAUCGGUCAUGUUUGAUGGACGGUCAGGAUUUAAUUGACGAGUAUGCAUUUUUUGAUAAGGAGAGAUGAAAAGGUGCACGGGUUGUUGAAAUAAAUGGGAAAAGGACUAGAGGAGAGCAAGGAGCAAGGAUUAUAGAAAUUACUGUAAAGAAAGAUGUGGACCUGGAGAAAAAAUAAGAAUACUAUUGCUUCAUUUGUUA